UCGUAAUUCAUAUGCGCUUCAACAACAAGAUCAAGAACAAAAACAAGUUCAUGUAGAAGAAGAAGAAGAAGAAGAAGAAGAAAAGAAAACAAUAAUAACGACACAAAAAUCAGAUGUUAAUGAAGAAAUAAGUGAAUGUCCAAUGUGUUAUUGGGAAUUUCCAAAACAUUUAACACUCGAAAACAAGAAAGAACAUAUUGAAAAUCAUUUUGCUUAG